AUGCAAACUGGAUCGAAAAUCAAAAUCAAAAUUCAUGAAAAUCUGAAAAAUGGCCAAUACAAAGAAAUUCCAUCAGAAUCGCCGUAUUCUGUACUAACUAUACAAAAUAUUAAUACUUCACGAUCAUCGCAGUCGGAAGGUCGUUUGAAUGAUAAAAAUAAUGUCCGGAUAUUCACACCGCGAACGCAGAACAGCAAUCAACAAAAGAUAUGCGAAUCGUUCGUACUUUAUCCAAACCACAAGUCCAUCCCAAUGCAGGAUAUGGUUUACACCAGCAAGGCUAAACCAUGCGCUGAAGUAGAAAGCAUUGUAUAG